AUGCGGGUGCAUGCAUGGCCAACACCUCGCAGUGGAAGCAAUUUGGUGGCACCAUUAGGGUCAGUUCCAGCUGUCGUGGCAGAGACUAGAGGCCAUGGUCACGGUGCAAGAGGCCAUAUGUACCAACAGUCGAUGCAUUCAUCUGUGCAGGGCAGCCCAUUCCCUCCUACCACUAGAAGGGUUAGGCCCAGAGCCUUGACAAUUACAUCUUUCAUUGCAGCGACUUCCUCAGGUGAGAUUGGAGGGCCCCAUGGAUUUCCCGCUCCUGGAGCUGUGAACAGGAGCGUGUCUGAUGCUGAGGGCAUCUCUAGACCCAUCGACCGACCAUAUACAUGGGGCCGGGAGGGCUUUGCUCCGUUCCCUUGGAUCCCUGCUGAAGGCGAGUCUCACUGGUGGGGCACCUUCAAUCCUAUGCAGAACCAUGCGCAUGGAAGUUUUACCAGAAGGCCUUCUGGGGACCGGAUGCCGCAGAGUCACCCAGAGAACGGCUAUCAGCCUGUGCCCCCUUCACAGAGGAUGCCUCCGUUCUUGUGA